UCACUCCCCCCUCUUUAUCACGAGUAUAAUUCUUCUCUCUCUCUCUCUUACUCUCUCUCCCUCCCUCAACACUUUCAUUUUUCACCCGUCGCUCCGCAAUUCCUUCGCAGUUUUCUCACCGUUCGGUUCACAAUGGAAGGCGUCUUCAAGUACAUUGAUGAUAAUGCUGACCGUUUUAUCAAACGGCUUGGCACUGCUGUGGCCAUUCCAAGUGUGUCUGGGUCUGUGAAACUGAGGCCAGAAGUUAGAAGAAUGGUUGAAUGGACUAAAGCCGAAAUGGAAAAACUCAACAUUCAAACUGAAUUACUGGAACUUGGAGACCAUGUCCACCCAUCCUCAGAAGUCCUUAAACUUCCUCCUGUGAUUUUUGGACAACUUGGUAACGAUCCUAAAAAGAAAACCUUGGUAGUGUAUGGACAUCUUGAUGUACAACCAGCCAAUAAGUCCGAUGGCUGGGAUACAGAACCAUUUGUUUUAACAGAAAUUGAUGGCAAGUUAUAUGGAAGAGGCUCAACUGAUGAUAAGGGACCAGUUCUUGGUUGGUUGAAUACUAUUGAAGCAUUCCAAAAUCAGAAAAUUGACAUUCCUGUCAAUUUAAAAUUUGUGUUUGAAGGCAUGGAAGAAUCUGAUUCUGUUGGUCUUGCAGACCUGUUGAUGUCAAAGAAAGAUUCUUUUUUGAAGGAUAUUGAUUACGUCUGUAUCUCUGAUAAUUACUGGCUUGGAAAGAAUAAACCCUGCUUGACUUAUGGACUUCGUGGAAUCUGCUACUUCUUUGUUGAAGUAGAAUGCUCAUCUAAAGAUUUACAUUCCGGUGUGUUUGGUGGUUCUGUUCAUGAAGCAAUGAGUGACCUUAUCUUUUUGAUGAAUUCUUUGGUUGAUUUGAAUGGUCGUAUCCAGAUUCCAGGAAUUUAUGAUUCUGUGAAAUCAAUCACUUCAGAAGAAAAUUCCUUGUAUGGCAGUAUUGAUUUUGAUUUGGAGGACUACCGUAAAGAUAUUGGCUGUGAAAAACUCAUGCAUUCAUCAAAGGAUGAAAUUCUGAAACAUAGGUGGCGACACCCAUCUCUCUCACUUCAUGGUAUUGAAGGGGCUUUCAGUGAACCAGGUGCAAAGACUGUUAUUCCCAGAAAAGUGACCGGAAAGUUCUCCAUUCGUAUAGUGCCAAACCAAACUCCUGAUGAAGUGACAAAAUUGGCAAAAUCCUAUUUGGAGAAUUGCCACAAGACAAGAGGCUCACCAAACAAACUCAAUGUCACUGGUAGUGGUGGUCCUGCUUGGCUCAGUGAUUUUAAUCACGAGAAUUACAAUGCUGCUAAAAAAGCCUGUCAGAAAGUGUAUGACGUAGAACCUGACAUGACCCGUGAAGGCGGUAGCAUUCCAGUGACCCUCACUCUGGAACAAGCAACUAACAAAAAUGUUUUGCUGCUUCCCAUGGGUGCUUGUGAUGAUGGGGCCCACUCCCAGAAUGAGAAAAUCAACAUCAGCAAUUUCAUCAAAGGGACCAAACUAUUUGCUGCCUACCUUGAUGAACUUGGAAAACUCUAAUGAAAUAAUGAAUCUGUGAAUCUUUGUCAAGUACACAUAUAUUUGGGUUAAUUCUUCUAAUCUCUCAAAUGCUCAGAAUGUUGUUUGUUUGUGAUAGAGUUGCCAUAUCUGAAUAUUUCUAAAAGCUAAACAUUCCCCAAAGUCUUUUUAUCCUUCCCUCCACUUCUAUCCAUGCCCAUCACUCACUGUGAUGCUCUGUAACUUUGAAGCAGCCAUGACACUAAAACAGUUCUAUGAUAGAAAUAAUUUCAUGCCUUUGUAAUGCCACUUUACCAAUGCCUUCAUAACUCCUGAGUCUUUCAAACAUUAUUUUGCAAUUGUUGCGACCAUUUUUCUCUUGCCCUUUAGCAUUUAAACAGCCAAACCUGGCCGAAUUUUCUGUUUAAUGUUCAAACUGACUGGAUCCAGCUUCUCACACCUAACCUACAGUGCCAUUCCAAAAAUAAACAAUUACAUUAUCAAAGUCUUGAACCUCUGGCAC